AUAACGAUUCAUCUUCAAAAAAACUCCCCAAAAAAGGCUCACCCGAGGAAAGUCCCUCCCAAAGCCGAGGACGUAAUUAUCCUAAUCGAAUUUUCUCCCCCCACCCGCGUCAUCUCCCUCCGGCGAACAAAUCCCAACGCAACACAACAAAAAUCAACACACCCAACCCAAUACACGGAAUCUUUUGGUAAUAAAGUUCCGCUUUCAGAUCAAUCGAUAUUCAAUACGUACAUUGGAGAGAGAGAGAGACCGAGAGAGAGAGAUUGACUUUUAGAGAGAGAGAGAGAGACCGAGAGAGAGAGAUUGACUUUUAGAGAGAGAGAGAGAGAGAGAGAGAGAGAGAGAGAGAGAGAGAAUGAAGGAAACGGGGAGUUUGAAUUACAAGAUGUUCGGAUGCAUAACGAGGAAGUUCAGGAUCCACGACGCGGAGCCGCCGCCGGACGUGAAGGUGGCCUACGCCAAGUACGCUGGGAGUGGUGGGUCAUCGGAGAUGUCGGCCGAUCAGUUCGUCCGGUUCCUGGCCGAGUUUCAGGGGGAGGAAGUCAGUAGCGUCUCCGACGCGGAUCGAAUCAUCCACAAUGUCCUCGAUCGGCGACACCACCUCACCGCCAAGUCCACUCACCAAGGCCUCACUCUCGACGAUUUCUUUCACUACCUCUUUUUCGACGAUCUCAAUGGCCCCAUCCCCAUCAAAUCACAGGUACACCAUGACAUGACUGCUCCGUUGCAGCAUUAUUUCAUAUAUACAGGUCACAAUUCGUACCUAACAGGAAACCAACUGAGCAGUGAGUGUAGCGUUGUACCAAUCAUAAAGGCUCUGCAAAGAGGUGUGAGGGUAAUAGAGCUAGAUUUGUGGCCAAAUUCUGCAAAAGAUGAAGUUCACGUUCUUCACGGAAGGACCCUGACAACGCCUGUGUCACUGAUCAAAUGCUUGAAGUCCAUCAAAGAAUAUGCUUUUGUUAAAUCUCCAUACCCGGUUAUAAUAACUUUGGAGGACCACCUUACAGCCGACCUUCAGGCUAAGGUUGCAGAGAUGGUCACGCAAACUUUUGGAGAACAGUUGUAUUACCCUGAGUCCGGGUGCUUAGAAGAAUUCCCUUCACCAGAAGACUUAAAAUAUCGAAUUAUUCUUUCAACCAAACCACCAAAAGAAUACCUUGAAUCCAAGCCUUCAAUGAGAAGAGAAAAUGGCCCACAAAAAGAGAGGUAUUCAUCUGAUGAAGCAUCACUGGUAAAGGAAUCAGAGGACCAAACAGCUGAGCCAGAUCCUGAUGACAAGAAUGACACUGAUCAGGAUGACGAAGACAGUGAUGGCUGCGAGUCGAAAUCAUGCCAGCUAGGAGCAGCUCAAUACAAGCAUCUAAUUGCAAUUCGAGCUGGGAAACCAAAGAAUGGGUUGAGAGAGGCAUUAAGGGGUGGACUUGAUAAAGUUGAACGCCUUAGCUUGAGUGAAAAAGCACUUCAAAGGGCAGCUACAAAUUAUGGAACUGAUCUUGUGAGGUUCACACAGAAGAAUAUUCUGAGGGUAUAUCCAAAGGGGAGCCGAGUCACCUCCUCAAAUUUUAAGCCACUUAUUGCAUGGAUGCAUGGAGCUCAGAUGGUCGCAGUUAAUAUGCAGGGAUAUGGAAAAUCACUCUACUUGAUGCACGGGAUGUUCAGAUCCAAUGGAGGGUGUGGUUAUGUGAAGAAACCUGAUUUUCUUAUGAUGAGAGGUCCGAGUAAUGAGGUGUUUGAUCCUAAAACAGCACUGCUGGUGAAGAAAACUUUAAAGGUAAGAGUAUAUAUGGGGGAUGGAUGGCGUCUGGAUUUUAGUCCUACACACUUUGACACGUACUCACCCCCAGACUUCUACACAAAGGUUUAUGUCGUAGGAGUGCCAGCGGAUUCAGUCAAGAAGAAAACAAGGGUGAUUGAGGAUGACUGGGCUCCUGUUUGGGAUGAAGAGUUCACAUUCCCGUUGACGGUUCCAGAGCUGGCUCUGCUUCGAAUUGAAGUCAGAGAAUAUGACAAGACGGAGAAGGACGAUUUUGGUGGGCAGACAUGUUUGCCUGUCUCGGAGCUAAGACCUGGGAUCCGAGCAGUCCCUCUCUACGACGAGAAGGGGGAGAAAUAUAAAUCAGUAAAGCUUCUUAUGCGGUUUCAGUUUGUAUGAGUUCCGAGACUUUUUUUUCUGUUCUUCUCAUACACACGCUUGAGCUCGUUACUAGAUUGUGUACUAGGGUUGCUAUCUUGUAAUUUGAUAACAGUAAAAGAUGAAGAGGAAAUAAAAGAAGUUGAUGGAUGAAGAUGAUUAUUGUACUGUCACCCAGUUUGCUCUUUUGUACUGUAAAUUUGAACUAUGGUGAGCAAAUAUACAGUUUUGGAGUA